AUGAACAAGGUCGUGCUGCUCCGGCCCGCCGCCGCGGCGCCGUGUCGCUGCUCCCGGCUGCGCCGUGUGGCGGUGUCGACCAGGGUGCGCGCGGACGCGGGAAGCGACACCAGGCCGUCGGUGCCGUCGCAGGAGGAGAUCCAGGAGAUGCUGCAGAGCGACGAGGAGAUGGGCUCGAGGCUGCAGCGCCUCGAGGAGGCAGCACAGAAGGUGGCCGACCUGCAGGAGAUGCAAAAGCAGAUGAUGGAGUCGGAGGCGAAGGCUGCGAGCCGCCAGGACGCGCUUGUCGCGCAGGCGAAGAUUGAAGAGGCGCAAAAGCGGAGCGAGGCGGAGCGGAAACUCGCGCAGGCCGACAUCCUCCGAGCCGAGACCGCGAUGCUGGAGGCGGAGAUCGAGAUGCUGCGGGCGGACCAGGCGCGGGAGCGCCUCCAGGGCUCCUCGGAGGAGGACGCUGAGCGCGUCGAGUCAGUAAAAGCAGCAGGGUUCGCCGCGGCGGGCGGCGCGCUCGGGAGCCUGCCGUUCAUAGUGGCGUCCGCGGGGACGGGUCCCGAGGCGGUCGUGGCCGUGCUGUCGACAGGGGCGACCUGCUUCCUGUUUGGCGUGACGUAUCGAUACGCGGUGAGCGCGAAUCCGAACAACCGGAACCUCCGCAGCGGCGUGGUGGGCGCGUUCGGUCUCGCGCGCGGCAUCGCGCUGGCGCAGGGCGCGGCGACGGAGGUGCUGUCAGGGGGGGGGCUGGGGGGCGUCCCAGCGGCGGCGGUGACGGUCGGCGAGAGCAUGCUCGCCGUCGCGUUCGCGGCGAGCGCCGUCGAGUUCGGGCUGCGGACAGGCAUGGUCACACUGCUCGGCGAGCUUCCAGCGGAGGCGAGCGCGGGCGAUGCGAAGCCUGAGUGA